AUGCUCUGUUGCUCUUGUAUUGCUGUAUGGCUGACUGUUGGCAGUGUUAUUGCGUACUUUCUAUUCUUCAGAAAGAACAAAAAACAGGUUGAACUACGUAAGCAUGACUGGAAGCCCGACACCGUUUAUCUCUAUCAAUUCCCUCGAACAAAGACGAUACCAAAUUUAUCUCCGUUUUGCUUGAAAGUGGAAACCUUUAUGAAGGUCCACAAGAUACCCUAUGAGGUAUGCCCACUUAUGAUGGGACGAUCGAAAAAUGGCUUGCUACCGUUCGUCGAGCUGAAUGGGGAACAUAUCGCCGAUUCACAGAUCAUUAUCAAUCGCCUCAAGGAUCAUUUCAAUGUGAAGUAUGAAUCCAAAGAAAUUCACGCUACCAAGACUAUGGCAUCUAUUUCCCUAAAGACCUUCCUUGCCAUUCCACGAACAAGAACGAAUGAGUUUCUGAAAAUGCUUCUUCGAGAACUUGGUUGCCCGGCUGCUGUACUACCCAUUCUAGUUCGUCCUGCCGCAUGGCUGCUCAGACCAAAGGCCAACAAACGCAUCGCCGCUGCUAUUGGUCAGUUCCCAGUUGAAGAUUUCGAGAGUUUUCUACACAAGGACUUCAGUACAUAUCGAGAUCUGCUCGGUGACAAGAAAUUCUUUUUCGGUGACGAAAUGAGCACGGUUAGUCAUUUUUCUUAUUUUUAUCCUAUCGUCUGCGACGUUCCGCUCAGGAGAGAUAGUUAUCCUUCCGCCGAAGGAGAAGUUCCCACACGAAAGAGCUGGUUGAGGCCUAGUCUCGUCUCGUCUCCCAACGUCGCCCCCCCCAACUCGCUUAUGGUUAGCACCUAG